GCCCAGCCAGAGAGCGAUGAAUCCAAACCGCCUGGUUACACGCCAGUCAGCACCCAGGGAGUAGUAGCAAGUGGAGAGGAACAGCAGGAGGGCCCAGGUGUCCAGUCCAAAGGUCUGCUGUCUGCCUCCCAGCUGGUCCUGAGGAGAGGUUUCACUCUGCUGACUGCAUUAUUCCUCCUGGCCACAGGGGUCGCUGUUCACCUGGCCUGUCCCCCUCCUGCACCCUCCAUCCACAGCCUCUCCAACCUCACCCUGGACUGGACCAACUCUUCUACCCCCACAACCCCCCUGGAGCUCACCUCACCCCUCUGAGACAGGAGAAGGAGGGGAGAGAGGAGAGGGGUAGAGGCUCUGGGUUGAGUCUCUCUGCAGGGACCAAUGGUGUCUGUAUGAACUGAACAGCACAGUGCUGGGGUCCUGAGACUCUCCUGAUCAGAGGAACAGCUGCCCCCAUCUCCUCUCCCCCCGUGGCCGUCUGCACUGCUGUCCUCUCUGCUUCUAUACUACUGUUCCUUCUGAAGAUACAUUUUUAGUCUCCUAACAUGUUUCCAUUAUAUUUGUCUUUCACUGCGAUGUCUACUCAGUCUAAUGUAGAACAGUUUUAAUCUGGAAGUGUGGAAUCAGUGUAAAUGUCUGAUUUCCAAUCUAUGAGAUUAUUUCCUAUUGUAUGUUGAUGUGAGUGUACUUGUUUCUACUGUGUAAAGUCACUGCACUUGGCCUAUUACCAGUUGAAACAGUGCUUUCAAAUUGUCAAAUAAAAGACUAACAUUGAGUUCUCAAUGAAAUGUCCAGCCAAAUGACCGGCGGUCAGAUCAAUAAAAAAAAUUCUAUAUGGG